ACAACCUCAAGGUCCUGCUCAUUGCUAGCAUCCUCCAUCUCCUCCACAUGCAGAGUCCGCAGCCGGCUAAGCUGAGCAUUAUCCUCAACAAAACCUAAGGCGUCUAUAGCACAACACCUGCAGCCGUUUCACUUCCACUGUGUUCACGUCCGGGUGGAGACUCAAGUACUCACUGUUGUUGUAAUUGCGGUAUUUGAUCUCGCCAUCGCGAUUCCUGUAUCUACCACGUUGUCUCCACGCACACUUCUGUAUACUAUCCCAUCGCGCCCAACCUGUAGAUCUCGUAUCAAAGGGGUCUUAGCGCUAUGCCCUCAGCACUGAGUUCGAUACCGUCGCUCAUCCCGUUACCCGCAUCUAACGACCAAGACGAACAAUCAUCCUAUCAUGUACCACUACCCCGCCCUUCUUCAUCACAAACCAAAGUUUCAACCCCACCAAAUGCCCUUGAUUCGAACAAUAUUGAUCGCUUUGCGUCUCUCUUCUCUCCCGGCCCCUCACAUAAGGCAUCUACACAACCGACCCCCUCAGGCGGCCCCCUGUUCUCCCCUGCUGGCCCAACAUCUCCAUCGCGUCCGACGCAUCAUCGCUCAUUCAGCUCGUCAAUCGGCUCUGACUUUGGCGCGUUCGUCUCUGUACCCGCAACAGAUGAUCCACUCUCCGCGUUCUUGCCUAUUACCCCUGGGUUUGGCGCACCGCAAGCCGUGAAGCCCGACAAACAGGCGGCAGACCUUGCUGAGCUGAACGGACAUGCGAGGAAUGACUCUAAUACUACGCUGGACUUCUUCGAUGAUUUCACUUCCCGCGCCAAAGACAACGCCGAGCGGAACAGGCGUGGUGUCCUCGAUGAGCUGCUGCAGCACGAAGACAGGCCCAUGUACUGGGCACACCCUCCUCCCCCUUCACCCCCACCUUCGCCUACGCCUUCAUACUUACAAGCUCAUCCUGAGCUGCCAGCGACUGGUCAGAAAUACCAAGACGACGACAUGCCGCACCCAAGACCGCGCCCUCCGAGCCCUACCAUGAGCCGCGUGCACCCGCAGUCGCCCGUAGCACCGCAGCUGACCGGGCGCUCCACGCCCCCAUCCGCGUCCUCAUCCUCGCUCUCGCAGUCCCGCUCGUCUCUUUCAAAGUCGCCCCCUCCAAUGGUUGGCUCCCCCCCUUUCAAGUCCUUCUCGCAGCCGCCCUCGGCACAAAGCACACUGUCUCGCAUCUCUUCUGGCUGGGUGCCCUCAUUCCUUUCGUCGUCCGGUUCGCGUACACGAACAAGCGAGCACAACACCCCGUCGUCGGCUUCCGCAUCGGCGAUUCUAGGGUCAGCUGUUUCGGGGCUUCCGGAAUCGUCGAUUACGCAUGGUACGCCGUUCGGUACGGCGGUGUUUGUGCCGCCGUCGGGGGCACCGGGAUUCACGGGAGAUCGAAACUGGGAUAAAAGGGGAUUCGCAGCCUCAUAUGAGAAUGAUGAGCAGGAGAAAGAGCGGAGGGGCGAGAGGUCGGUGAAGCUUGUGGGGAGGAAGGAAGGAACGGCAAGUGUGUUGACGGUUGAGUUGGCCGAUCAGAUACGGUCACACAUGCCUGCGCUGACGCGUCUUCCGCGAUCAUGGACGUUGUUGUACAGUGUAGACCAGCACGGGAUCUCCCUCAAUACCCUCUACUCCCGCUGCGAGCCCAAACCUCCAAAUACGCCGGGUGCGACGAAAGGUGCUCUGGUGAUAGUGAAGGAUGCCAACGACGGACUUUUCGGUGCCUGGAUUGACGAUGGGCUGCGAAUGUCAAAGGGUUACUAUGGCUCAGGAGAGUCGUUCCUAUGGGGAUUGGACAAGGACAGAGGGCUGACGGUGCACAAGUGGACGGGGCGGAACGACUAUGUUGCACUGUGCGAGCCAGAUUCUAUCUCGUUCGGUGGAGGGGAUGGACACUAUGGCUUGUACAUCGACUCAUCGCUCCUGGAAGGCUCCACAGCUCCAUGUCCAACUUUUGGAAAUGAGGCUCUGUGCAUGCGUGGUUCGCGGCGAGGAGUUUCGGUUGCAUAUGAUGUGGUGGGACUUGAGGUUUGGGGAGUAGGACCCUCCUAGAUCGCAUCUUCGGUAGAUACAUAGGUUUGUUUUCGCACUGCCUCUGUAUAUGGAUCACCAUUAUUACGGAACUGUCAC